CUGACAAACUGAGCGACAUUUUCUGCACAGCAUCAUCAGUGCUGACGUGGGAGCUACGUGAGCGAAGGCGAGGCGCAGGCCGUCCAGCCAUACUGUCAUUAGUGACGAGUCAGACUACGUAAAAACUUCGGUGACCAUGGAUACGUCGGUGUCGUCUCAGCUGGAUAGCAGUUUAAAUGAUUCAGUGACAGAUGGAGAGAAGGAUCACAGAGAAGCCAACGCAUCUCCUGCAGCCUCCAAUCAGGUUUUGUUGCAAACAGAAUCUGAAGUGGCUGUCGUCCAGCUGUCUGACAGUCAAACCUCAUCAGUGCAAGGAGUCAUCCAAGCCCCUCAGACCUCUGUAAUCCAGUCACCACAAGUGCAGACUGUCCAGAUUGCCACAGUGGCUGAGCUGGAGGAUGACGGGUCAGUCGCAGACACGCAGAAGAGACGGGAGCUCCUCACCAGGCGUCCGUCGUAUCGAAAAAUCUUAAAUGAGCUCUCGUCGGAUUCGCCGGCAGUUCCUAAAAUUGAGGAGGAAAAGGCAGAAGAUGACACACCGGUCUCCAGCCCCACAGAAUCAGUUCCUAACUCCAUCUACCAAACCAGCACAGGACAAUACAUUGCCAUCGCUCAGGGAAGAGCCAUCCCCCUGACCAGCUCUACUGUUGAAGCCCUUCAGGGAGCUCAGACCCUAACGGUGACUGGCUCUCCCACCCCUCAGACUGGAGCCGCAAUCCUGCAGGCUGCAGACUCGCCACACCAGUUCUUUGUCCAGGGGGGACAGGUACUCUUCCAAGCUGCCACGGGAGACAUCCCCGCCUACCAGCUGCGCUCACCCAACUCAGGCUUGGCUCAGAGCAUCGUGAUGGCUGCAUCCCCAAGCAGCAUGCAGAGCCCCUCAUCGCAGCACGCCGAGGAGAUCACCCGCAAAAGGGAGGUCAGGCUGAUGAAAAACAGGGAGGCGGCGCGCGAGUGUCGCAGGAAAAAGAAGGAGUACGUCAAAUGUCUGGAAAACCGCGUAGCCGUGCUGGAAAACCAAAACAAGACACUGAUAGAGGAGCUGAAAGCACUGAAAGACAUAUACUGCCACAAAGCCGAGUAGCAGCAGCUGCUGGUGCCCUGAAGACAGUUCAGAAACUGCUGCAACUUAAAAAGAAAAAAAAGACUCCAGAACAAAAAAUAGACUGCUUUAAUUGUUCUUGUUUCUUUGCUCACUCAGGCCUGACGUAUGCCAAAAUUACUAAGUGUUGUGGAGGUUCCAGACAGCUCGAGCUUGCCAGUUUUGCUCUUGUUCUUAACCUGUGCUCUUUGCAUGUGAAGACUCUUGAGUGUAGUAAACUCUCCGCUUACUGUCGCUGUCAUGUACGUGGGCGAGACCGGCCAAUGAGAGCCAGCUGAAGGAGAGGAAACAGGAAGAGGAGAGGCAGAUGCUUCCUGAAUAUCUACUGAGAUUUUUUGCAAAAUAAAGAAAACAGCUGGAAGUGAUGGAGGUGGAGAGGGUCAGCCUGGUCUCGCAACCAGCAAUUUUUAUUUUAUUUUAUUUGUAUUUUGUUUAACUCGGGUCAGAUGAGCAGGAGGCACCACACGAUCCACCAGCAGCUGCACCUCAAGAUGUAAUGUGUGAAAUUAAAGCUUUUAUUUUUGGUUGCAUUCCCAUCAAUGAAAAAAAAGCACAAUUAGGGAAAUGUGAUGUCACCGAUUUCAUUAUUUCCAUCUUAAAAAAUGUUUAUCAAAUUCUAGAUUGGUAAAAAUGAGAUUUCAUUGUUUGUUUUUUUUAAACAAAGAAAACAUUUGAAUGUAAUCAUUGUUUGUAAAAAAGAGUAAUGAGAAUUUAUUUUUCUCCACUUAUGUGAAAUAUGAGUGUGUAGAACUGUUCAAGUCACAGAAAGUAACACCGUGUCAAAUAUCACAGAUUUAAUUCUGAAAAAAUAAUGUCUAUCUUCUGUGAACCAUGUUACCUGUAAAGAGAUAUCUAUAUCUGCAACUGUUCUUUAGUUAGAAUAGCACCCUGUUUCUGAAAUCCUCAAGUAUGGAGGAAAACUGCAUUUGUGGUCUGACCAUUGAAAAUACUCUGUUUAAAGGGUGAUGCCAGUUUCUUAACACUGUUUUUGUAAAGAUGAUUUAUUAUAAAAUGCAGCUUUUUAUUAAUAACUCUGCUGACAGAUAAACAUUAGCUUCAGUUCUCUGCCUCUUUUGACUUUGUAAAGUUUGCUCUUGUAAUUACUCAGUUUAACAGCUUUUUCAUUUCUGCUAAUAAUGCUGAAAAUUGACCUCUUGGCUGCUGAGGCUCUUCUGGUGACAGUAUUUAUUUACUGUUUACUUCUUGGCAUCUUUAUUUGUCAUCAAACUUGUGUUGCAGUUUGUCUCCAUCUAGUUUACCUCUUUGAUACUAAGUGAGGUGCUUUCUGUUUUGAACUCAGCUGACUUUGGUUUAGAUAACUAUCUUUGUGUUCUCCUUUCUUUGUGCAAUUUUUGUGUUUAAAUCGUACAACUGUUUUUGUUUAUCUAAUAAAAAUGUGUACACCUGACAAGUCAUGA